AAAUAUUUAACCAAAAUAUUAGGCAGAGAGAGAAAGAAAAAGAAAAAGAAGACCGAGGUUUGCUCCCACCCAUGAUCUAAUCAAACACCUCAAAGGAAAGGAGAGAUUAAUACAAAAAAAAAAGUCCCUAACUUUGGUCUUAAAAGGUUCACCGAAAAAUUCUCUUACUUUUUACAUCCUAUUGAGAUCUAGAGAGAGAAAGAAAAAAAAGGAUCGAUCACAAACACAGAGAUACAUAUGUCAUAAGCUUUUUCUCUGUUUCUGUUUCUGUUUCUGUUUCGGUAGAAGAAGAAGAUGCUGCAGAGAGCUGCGAGUAAUGCGUAUUCAUGGUGGUGGGCUAGUCAUAUCCGUACCAAACAAUCCAAAUGGCUCGAACAAAACCUUCAAGAUAUCGAAGAGAAGGUGCAAUACGUGCUCAACCUCUUACAAGAAGAUGGAGACUCGUUCGCCAAGCGCGCGGAGAUGUACUACAAGAAGAGACCAGAACUCAUAACCUUCGUGGAAGAAACCUUCAGAGCAUACAGAGCCUUAGCCGAGCGUUACGACAAGAUCUCCACCGAGCUUCAAAACGCCAACACCACCAUCGCCUCUGCAUUCCCCGACCAAGUCCCCAACUUCGCGAUGGACGACGACGACGACGGCCCCUCUUCCAAAUUCCCCAAAAGACCCAACCUCCCCGGUCCUACCGCCCCCAACGUCCCCAAGAUGCCCGUUAAAGACCUGAAGAGCGCGGUGAGAGUGGCUACCAAGAAGCUUCAGCCGAGGAAGUCCAUGAAGUACACUGGCGGUGCGACCAACGUGGCUGUCAAGAGCUCGGGGUUGAGCAAGUCCGAGGCCAUGGGGGAGAUUGAUAAGCUGCAGAAGGAGAUUCUGACGCUGCAGACGGAGAAGGAGUUUGUGAAAAGCUCCUACGAGAAGGGUUUGUCCAAGUACUGGGAGUUCGAGAAGAGCAUUAAGGAGAAGCAAGAGAGGAUCUGCGGGUUGCAGGAUGAGUUCGGGGAGAGCGUUGCGAUCGAGGACGACGAGGCGAGGAGGUUGAUGACCGAGACUGCGAUCAAGUCGUGUCAGGAGAAGCUCGUGGAGCUGCAGGAGAAGCAGGAGAAGUCUUACGAAGAAGCGAAAGAAGAGCAUUUGAAGAUCGUGGAGUCUAAGGAGAAGCUGAGGUCUAUGUCUAGCCAGCUUCUAGGUGAGGAAAGUGUUGUCUUUGCGGAUGACGAUGAGGUUAGAAGUAGUACUUUGGAACAUGAGAUGAGAGAGAUGUCUAGGAAGAAGGAAGAGCUGGAGUCUGUUAAGGAGAAGAUCAGAGAGCAUUUCGAGUCCGGCGUGAACUCUUCGGUGGACGCUACAGAGAUGGCUGAGAGAGUUGAUGAGCUUGUGAACAAAGUGAUUAGCUUGGAGAGCGCGGUUUCCUCCCAGACUGCUUUGAUACAGAGGUUGAGAAACGAGACCAACGGUCUUCAGACGCAGAUCAGUACUCUCGAAACCGAUAAGGCUGUAUUAGCAGAUGACAAGAGUGAUCUUAGGAAGAAGCUCAAGGAAAUGGAGGAGAGACUCAAAGCGUUGCAGGACUUGGACAGGAACGUGAUGGAUAAGACUAGUACUCUGAGUACAGAUUUUGAUAAAGCGUGUAGUAAUCUCGAUAACCUCUCUACUGGGAAGUUGGAUGAGGUGAAGAAGAAGCCAGAGAGCGUGGGGGUGAAAAUGGAACCGGAGAAAGAUCUAAAGGAAAUGUCUGAGGAGACAAAAGAGGAAGAAGCUGAGAAGAAGAGUGAAACAACAACAGUUGCAGAAGAUAUCAUCAUCCCAAGUAAAAGUUCAGAAGUUGUUUUGGAAUCUACUGAAAAGAUUGAUUCUGAACCAGAGAUGCAAUCUGACAAGACAGAGUCUGUUCUUCUUGAUAAUGUUCUAGAGAAGCAGAUACUUUCUAAAGAAUCUGAUCAGAAGGAGGGAGAGAGUGAACCAGACUGGAAAGAGAUGUUCAUGAAAGGAAUGGAGAACAGAGAAAAGCAUCUGCUCACAGAGUACACAACCAUCCUAAGAAACUACAAGGACAUGAAGAAAGACCUCGACGAAACGAAAACAAAAAACGCCACGAAAGACGACGAGAUCAAGCACCUCAGAGAGAAGAUGACCCUCCUGCAGAAAGGCCUCGCGGACAGCAACGACCUGCUGGAAAGCCAGAUGUCGAACGACGACUACUCCCUCGGUUUCAUGGCAGCGGAGAACGAGAGCAUGUCCCUGGUCGAGGAGCAGUUCCGCCUGAACAUUGACGAGCUACUAGAGGAGAAUCUCGACUUCUGGCUGAGGUUCAGCACUGCGUUCGGGCAGAUACAAGGGUACGACACGUCCAUCGAAGACCUCCAAGGCGAGAUAUCGAAGCUGGAGCAGAGGAAGAAGCAGGACGGGAGCGGGACGGCUAAGUACGCGCUGAGGUCGGACGUCAGGCCGCUUUUUCGACACCUGAGGGAGAUCAACACCGACCUCGGCCUCUGGCUCGAGAAAGGCGCCGCGCUGAAAGAGGAGCUCAAGUCGAGGUUCGAGUCGCUGUGCAAUAUUCAGGAAGAGAUCACAAAGGCUUUGAAGUCGAGCGCCGAGGACGAUGACUUCAAGUUCACGAGCUACCAGGCUGCUAAGUUCCAAGGCGAGGUGUUGAACAUGAAGCAGGAGAAUAACAAAGUGGCGGAUGAGUUGCAGGCGGGGCUUGAUCAUAUCACCACGCUUCAGCUGGAGAUUGACAAGACUCUGGGGAUGCUGACCGAGGAGUUUGCGCUUUCGGGGUCCAAGAACAGGUCGGAGCUUGACCUCCAGCACUCGGAUAGUCGGUCCAGAGUGCCGUUGAGGUCGUUUAUAUUUGGGUCCAAACAGAAGAAAACUAAGCCGUCUAUAUUCUCUUGCAUGCAUCCUUCGCUAUACAGGAAGAUGAAGGCUUCUACGCCAACAUAGGUAAUAUAAAUACAAUACCAUCCACAGAGUUUAUUGAUUGAUUCAUAUACUGUAACUUAUUCAGAUUCAUGGAGGAUUUGAUUCUUUUUCUUUUCCCUGGGGAGACUUAACCUUUUUAUCUUUUUUUUUUUGGAUUGUGAGAUUGAAACAAUAGUUUUGUGUGUUGGCUAUUCUCUCUGAGUAUAUUGGUAGAUUGAUAACUCACCGGUUGUAACUGGUGAAGCAAGAGGAUUGUCUCCCAGUUUUUUUUUUAAUCAUUUUCUUAUUCAAAAGUUUGUAUGUUCAGAACCAUUUACAAGUAACAGAGUUUGUGAUUUUGUUUGUUCA